AUGGAUUGGGAACGCCAAAGGAAAGAAAUGGAGGCUGUGGUGGACGUGGCAGAGAUGCAGAAACUUGCAGACGUUGUGGACUACGACGCACGAAGAAACAGGCUCAAAGCAUUGCUGGAACAAGAAGAAGAAGAAUUUAUUCAGGAAAUUGCUACUAAACAGGCUUUAGAAGAUUCCAUUUGUAACAAACUAAGAGAAGAAAAAGCGCAGAAGAUGGAAGAGGAAAUUGAAAAGCAGAAGGUUGUUGAAUGUCAGAAGGCCUUGGAAAGGGAGAAAAUAGCAAAAGGCAUGCGUUGCACUAAAGAAGACGAGCGUCACCUGAGAGAAGUCCAGAAGAUGCAGAUGCUGGAGAAGAGAUACAUGGAGCAGGAAGAACAAGACCUGGAAGUGAUGUGGCACCGUGUGUUGUUGGACGAUGUACGGAAGAAGGAGCGACUAGAGAAAAGGGAAGCGGAAAGAAGACAAAAGGAGAUGAUGGAACGCCGUCACGCAUACGACGAACAGAUAGCCAUCGCUAAUAGAAAGAGACAGGAGAUACUGCUGGAGGAGAGAGAGAAGGAGAACAGGAGAUUGGAGAUGAUGAAGAAGAAGAUGGAGCAGGAUCAUUAUAAUGCAAUAAAACGGAAAAAAGAGCAGCAGAUGUUAAACAAGAAGAACUUCAUAGAAGGUCACGAAGAGAAAUUGACUAGACUGAGACAGCAGAAACAAAGAGAGAGGGAGAUAGACAACAACACGAUUCAAAACGCUAUGGAAGAGUUGAGGACGGAGAAACAGAAGAAGAUUAUGGAAAUGAGAAAUUUACAAAUAGAAAAGCGAAUUUUCACGGAAAAUGUCAACAUUGAGAGAGAACAACUGAACGAACUGGACUUAGCAGCUGAAAAAAUAUCAGAAGAAUGGCAACGGAUGGAAGAAGAAAGAGUGGACGAGAGGAUGAGAAAUAUGGAGAGAGAUAGGAGGAUGACUAAAGAGAUUGCAAAUAAAGAAUACAGGCAACUUAUAGAAGAGAGGAAUAACAAAAUAGAGCGAGAGAGACAAGAACGAAAAGAGAAGAUGGACAUCGUGAGAAGACAAGCGUUUACAGAGCUGCAGAGGAAAUUGGAAAACGCGAACGAAGCGAUAAGAAAACAGAUUGAGUUCAGAAAUGUGCUGAAAAGUCAAAUUAUGGAGAAUCAGAGGUUUAUGGAUAUCGAAGCUAAUGAACUAGAUAAUAAAUACAAAGCGUUCACAAGAAAGCCGGAAAUGUUUAAAGAUACAAUGGCUGAUAGAUACAGGAUGUCUUCGGCAAGAAUAAGGUAA